CUGUUUCAGACCCCAAGAAGGACUUUCACUGAGACAGUCUUGCAAAGUUCAGAGCUUAAUCUCAGUGUCACUGAAAGUUAAGGUUUUCAGUGGGGAAAAGCUUCUGAAGACCAAAUCUGCUCCCUGACUGGAAGAGCGAAAGAACAAAAGUGGCUGCAAAAUCCAGCAUGCCCCAGUCGCUGCAGCAAGCAAGCUUUGCUCCUGCCCUGCACAGCCUCCCUCUCACGGUCUGGACGCAAGCCAGCCGGUCCUGGAUCACUCCCAGAGCCUCUGGAAGCCAGGGGGGAAGCCGCCCUUCUGCCCUCGGCACUGAGUCUCCACCCCCUGGAGCUGAGCCUUAAGUAGGAUAGGAGCUGUGCAGGGAGAGCAGAGACACAGAAAACAAACCCAGGCUGGUCUGGAAGGUAAAUCCCAGCAGAAUACAGAAGAGAAAAAGCAAAAAGAGAUAACCUGAGAUUUGAAGGUGAUGUGGAAAAUACUCAGGAUGGAAGGCAGACUCCCAUGCCUGCUCUUGCUGGUGGGAGCAAUCGUGACUGCUCAAUGCCAGGGCUUGCACCUGCGCUUCAAACGGGGAGCCAGAUCUAGAGCCAUUUGCACAGACAAAUCAUCUGGAGAAAUUUACCAGCACAGGGGGACCUGGCUGAGGCUCUCAGGGAGCAGAAUAGAAUACUGUAGGUGUGACAGUGGUUGGAGUCGCUGCCACACUGUGCCUAUCAGAGCCUGCACUAGAAACAAAUGCUACAACGGGGGCCAGUGCUCACAGGCAUAUUAUUCCCCACAGCUCUUCCUCUGCCAGUGCCACCAGGGCUUCUCUGGGAAGCAGUGUGAUAUAGAUACUGAAGCUAAGUGUUACAAAGAUGCUGGAGUAGCAUACAGGGGUACCUGGAGCACCACAGAGAGUGGAACUGAGUGCUUGAACUGGAACAGCAAUGGCUUGAUGGAGCAGAGGUACAGCACCCGAAGAGAGGAUGCUGCUGAGCUGGGGCUGGGCAACCACAACUAUUGCAGAAACCCAGAUGAGGAUUCCAGACCUUGGUGCUACAUCUAUAAAGGAGGGAAGUACAGCUGGGAACACUGCAGUGUGCCCUCCUGUUCCAAAGCUGGCAACAUCAGCUGCAAAUCUGGAAGAGGGACAGAUUACAGAGGCACCCAGAGCAUUACCAGGUCUGGAGCUACCUGUUUGAGGUGGAAUUCCCGAAUCCUUGCCAACAGGGUAUACACUGCUUGGAGAAAAGAUGCUUCCCAGCUGGGCCUUGGCACUCACAACUUCUGCCGGAACCCUGACAAUGACAGCGAGCCCUGGUGUCACGUCCUGAAGGGAAAUCAGCUCACUUGGGAGUACUGCAAUGUGCCUACUUGCUCCAGCUGCGGCCUGCGGCAGCGCAGGGCCCAGCAGUACAGGAUCAAGGGAGGCUCUUCCGCAGACAUCGCCGCUCACCCCUGGCAAGCUGCCAUCUUCGUGCGGUACCGCAGAGCGCCGGGAGAGCACUUCCUCUGUGGAGGAAUUCUCAUCAGCUCCUGCUGGGUUUUGUCAGCUGCUCACUGUUUUGAGGAAGGCUUUAGCAAGAGCCAGCUGAAGAUUGUGCUGGGCAGGACCUCCAGAGCCACCCCUGAGGAAAAUGAGCAGAGGUUCCAAGUGAAGAACUACAUUGUGCACCAGCAGUUUGACUCAGAGAACUUCAACAAUGACAUUGCUCUGCUGCAGCUGAACUCAAACACAGAGGACUGUGCUAUUGAGACAGACACUGUUCGUGCUGCCUGCCUCCCAACACCACAGCUGCAGCUGCCUGACUGGACUGAAUGUGAGAUCUCUGGCUAUGGCAGAGAUGAAGAAUUCUCUCCAUUCUACUCCGAGCAGCUGAAGGAAGGCCACGUCAGGCUGUUCCCAGCCAGUCGGUGCACAGCACAGCACCUAGACAACAGGACAGUUACAGACAACAUGUUGUGUGCAGGGGACACAAGGAACCUGGAUGAUGCCUGCAAGGGUGACUCUGGAGGGCCUCUGGUCUGCAUGAGGGAGGAGAGGAUGUUCCUGAUUGGAAUCAUCAGCUGGGGCAUCGGCUGCGGCCGCAAGGACAAGCCUGGGGUCUACACCAACGUCAGUCGCUACCUUGACUGGAUCCAGGACAACAUGAAACCCUGAGAAAGG